CAUGCUUUUCGUGUUAACACUGCAAACUGCAAAGAAAAGGCACAUUAGACUAUUCAUUCAGAAUCAAUUAAAAGUUUAUGAAAGCUCUUAUUCUUAACUCCUGCCACAGUGUGCUUGCUUCUUAGAAAGGGAGAGAUACACCCAGGCAUUUCUCUGUUGUAUUUGUUUUAGAUUAGCUGCACAAACCCAAAUCCACUCAGUUUAAUGCUUUUAUUGUUACUCCCAUUGUCAAGUCACAAUUCGUUCACUUGUGUUAUCUUAAUGAGAAAGGCUUCCAUUAGUGGGGGACCAGAAGAAUCAAAAUGCUUUAUGACAUCACAAUCCACUAUCACCCAGCAACCUGGGCAGCUGUCAGUCAAUCAUAGGAGUGGAGGCAUAGUUUAAAAAGAGUGCCUCGGAUUACCAAGGUUCCAGAACCAGACACACAGCUCCUCGGAACACUUCUCGGAAACAUUCAGUGUGUGGAACAAGAUUGGAGCAGUUUGAAAUGAGACUGUGUGAGCUUCAUUGUUAUUUGGCCCUGUUGGGUCUGUCUCUUGUGCUAUGUGACCGCGGUGCUGACUCACAACUAGAACCGGACAUGGACUUCCGCCAUCGUAGACUUUUGCAGAGAGCACGUGCAAUUGGUUUGGCUACACAGGACUGGACUAAGAAAGACAUAGAGGAGCUGCUUUCCCAGCUGUCUUUGCCUGAGAUAGAGGCUCGUGAGAAUGGUGUUUCUACGACAGGUGGGAAUGAUGAUCUGCAUUUGGAGCUAGAGCGUUCCGCAGAGAACACGAAUCAGCUCUACCCUCGAGAACGCAAAGCUGGAUGCAAAAACUUCUACUGGAAGGGCUUCACUUCCUGCUGAGGUCCCAAUUAUCCAAUCACAUUAAUCAAAGAUGCCAAUUAACUCCCUAUCAAAACCGUAUUUUAACAUAACCACUGUAGUUACAUUGAGUUAAUUGGAUCUGUAAGUUGAUUUGUCGAUUUUAAGCUAAUAAAGUAUUAAAUAAAGUAUACAAAUCAAAGCCAUCUUUUGUGGUGGGUGAUGUAGUUGAAUACUGCAUGUAAGUGGAGACUGUGGACUGAAGUAUAAAACAAAGAAAUGUAUUUAAAAAACAAAAUAUUUAUUAAAAUUUAUUUCUUGAUGUAUUAAAAUUUUUGG